GCAAAAUCAAUGGCAGUCUACGCAGCACUUGUUUCUCUCAUGAAUGAUUUGGAGCUCAUUCCUAAUCAGUAAUCACUCCACCCAUUCCUUUCUUUUGAAAUCAAACAGAUUACAUCUCUUUCCCAAAUUGUCAAUUUCUUAAUGGAUUUCCUUGAAACCUCUGAUUCUAACGGAGAAGCUGCACAAUCAUUAGAGAGCCGAAUCACAUCCGCGACUCAUAAAGCUCAAGAUGUUGUCGAAUCACACAAAGCAAUCGACGGUAUGAAUUUUGUCAAAAGGAAGGUGAUGCAGUUCAAACCGAAAAGUGACUCAAAAGCGGCGUAUUCAGCACCGAAUUCAUCAGCGCCUCUGAACUCCGGGAAGAAUCACAUGGUGGGAUGUGAUGAUGUUGUUCUAAGGCUUGUGGAAAUGCUCGUUGGAGAACCUUCCAGCCGGAGAGUCAUCCCCGUCGUUGGCAUACCACUCUCGCUAGAAAUGUUUACGAGCAUUCACUUAUUCACCACCACUUUGAUAUUCGCCUUUGGGAUGCAAUAUCUCAAGAUUAUAGCGUACAAAAUAUUCUUGUUAAACUAUUGUUUGGAGAAAAUUCAACCUCCACCACUGGUGGAAAUUUUGGGGAAUUGGGAACAGAGUUGCAUAAAAUGUUAUGGGGUAGAAGGUAUUUGGUUGUGUUAGAUGAUAUGUGGAGUAUUGAAGCUUGGGAGGAGAUACAAACGUUUUUGCCAGAUAAUGGCGAUGGAAGUUGUGUUAUUGUAACAACUCGGUUGUUUAACUUGGCCACUUCUCUGAGUUGUUCCCCUUUCAAGAUGAGGUUUUUAGGUAAUGAUAAAAGUUGGGAGCUGUUUUGUGGAAAGGUGUUUGGAGAUGAAUAUUGCCCUAUUGAAUUAGAGGAGAUUGGGAAAAAGAUAGUUGAAAGAUGCGGAGGACUUCCACUGUCAAUUGUUGUAAUUGGGGGGCAUCUUAAAAAAUCAUCUAGGGAGAUUGAAUAUUGGGAGAAAGUUGCUAGUUUCAUAAAUCCAAUUUCGAGUAUAGGGGCAGAUGCCGAUGAUCAAUGCUUGAAAAUAAUAAGUUUGAGUUAUGAGCACCUCCCUGCUUGGGAGAUGCCGCAACUUAGGCAUCUCGAGUUCAAGAGAUUCUAUCUUCCCGAUCCUAUUCCCAAUGAUCAAGAAGAAGAAUGCAUUGUCUUGCGGAACCUACACAUACUUAAAGGAGUGGAGAACUUGAGAUUGACACACGAGGUUUGCAACAGGAUGCCAAACGUCAAAGUAUUAUCACUAUUGUAUGAUGAUGACCAUUUCUCUUGCUGUGAAGCAAGCUCAUAUUAUUGCUCUCAAAAUCUUGGCUGUUUCAACAUACUGGAAUCACUAGAGUGUAAAUUUGGGAACGGUGUUGUUUUAAGCUUCACAUGUCCAACUUCACUUACGGAGUUGUGGUUACAGGAUUGCCAUCUUCAGUGGGAAGGUCUAAGUAUGACAAUUGCAUCAUUGCCUCAUCUUCGAUCUUUACGAUUGGGCAAGCUGGAAGGAUCCGAAUGGAACCUUGUUGAUGAGGAAUUUUCCAGUCUUGAGUUUUUGGAGAUUUCGCGUUGUGAAGAUUUGAUUUAUUGGAAUGCAAAUAGCUCUCAUUUUCCAAUACUCAAGUUUCUUGAUAUUUUGGAAUUACCCAAAUUGGGUGAGAUCCCUUUUGAUAUUGGAGAAGUACCAACACUCGAAGCUAUUAGAUUGGAAGGCUGUAGCAUGCGUCUUGCCAUGUCGGCAUGAGGAUACUGAUGGAACAAGAGAGUCUUGACAAUCACCAGCUUCAACUCCAUGUGCGUAUUCCGACUGUGGAACAAGCAAACAAAUUUUGUAAAACGGUGAGAAAACAGGGUCUAACAACCAAUAGACUUCAUGUUUACACUCGCCGGGAUUAAAGCCUCCUGUGUAGUUCGUAACAAGUAGUACGAUUUUAGAAUAGAAUAUGACAUUGUUCUUGUUUCUGUAACAUCUUUGGCAAUCUCAAAGAGCACGUUUCGUGUCUGAGCAUUCACCAUCUAAACAAGAAUACUGCUCGCGUGGAGAUUUUGCGGCAUUUUGUAGUUAA